AUGUCAGUUUGCCAGGAUAAAAUUGCCACAACUCCCCUUCCUGUACCUGUCCACUUUGACCAUGCCCAGCAGUCUUUCUCCCUUAAAAAACGACGCCUCCCUUUUUCUUCAUCCAACUCUUCAUCAUCUCUCUCCCCUCCAAGACCUCUAUCUCACUCCUUACCCCCACGUCCCCCUUCCAAAGGAUGUCCCCCGUUCAGUCGAGUGUUCCCUCAGCGCCCCUCAUCUCCCUGGACCCCACUGUCACAGUCCCUAAUCAAGAACCCUCCACCACAUUCUUUGUAUGAUCCCAGACUGCCACAGUCCUUCUUUAGUCAGUGUUUCACCAACCUAGGCCUGAUUGGGAGGGGCUCCUUUGGAGAAGUGUACAAGGUGAUGAGCCAUUUGGAUGGACAUCAGUACGCUGUGAAACGCUCUGUGCAGCGUUUCCGUGGUAAUGGAGAGCGCGCUCGGAGUGUGAGGGAGGCAAGGAAUCAUGAGCGUCUAUGCCCUCACCCUCACAUACUGGAUUUUGUAGCUGCCUGGGAGGAAGGAGGACGCCUCUACAUUCAAACAGAGCUCUGUUGUACCAGUCUGCUUCUGCAUGUUGAGACGCAGCCUCCUUAUCCAGAUGAAUCUUCUGCAUGGACGUACCUGUGUGAUCUUCUGUCUGCUCUGAGGCACUUACACAGCCGUGGAUUCGCACACCUGGACCUCAAACCAGCUAAUGUGUUCCUUACACGCUCAGGACGUCUCAAACUUGGUGACUUUGGUCUUCUGAUGGAGUUGUCUUCUGAGAGUAGCAAGGAAGGGACUGAGGGAGAGAAGGGGAUAGAGAAAGAGAACCAGGAUGUGCAAGAAGGAGACCCUAGGUAUAUGGCACCUGAGCUAUUGAAGGGGGAAUAUGGACCUGCUGCUGAUGUGUUCAGUUUGGGUGUAUCUAUCCUGGAAGUGGCUUGUAAUAUGGAGGUCCCUAAAGGAGGAGAGGGUUGGCAACAACUCAGACAAGGUUACCUUCCCACAGAAUUCACCAAUGCCCUCUCAACUGAACUGCAGUGUGUAUUGAGGCUGAUGCUGGCUCCAGAACCCAGAGACAGAGCUACAGUAGAGGAGCUCUUGGCUCUGCCCUCUGUUCAGAAACACCGAUGGAGACGGCAAGUUUCCCUCUACCUACGUGAAAGUUUGCUGUCCUUAUUAAAUCUUUGCCAGUCCUUAUUAUCAGCAGGGUGGAAACUCCUCUCUUACCUAAAUCUCCCAUUUGUCCCCGACCACACACCUCUGCCACCUUGCACGCCCCCCAGAGACAGUUGGGAGAGAGAUGGAGAAAUGAGCACCCUGUACCCCAGCAUCUUGCAGUCAGAGUCAGGUAGCCCAAGUGAUGACCCAGUGUUCCUGCCGGAGAUCCUGGUGCCCGAACACUCGCCCACCUUCUCUCACAGAAUCCAAUCCAGGUUAUCUGUGGGAAGUACCUCCACUCCACUUCCAGACUCUAACACACAUCCUUACCUCAGUCCCUCACUCACACCUACACACACACAUAGCCUCCUAGACACGCCCUCUAGUAUUCACUCCAAUGGUUCCAGACAUACACUAACAGGAACGCCAAAUUUAAGCCCACUACACACUGGAUCACUAUGUGGGUCUCCAAGAGGUUCUGCCCAGUGCAGUCAAUCCCUGGAUCAUCACUGCCGUCUGAACUCUUCGGGCUCGAAACAGAGCUGGAUCAGACCUGAACCUUUUGCCAGGACCAGCUUUGAACCAAAGAACCUCCUUAGCUUGUUUGAUGAGACUACACUGGAAAGCGAGCCUUGA